UGACGCUUCAAAGUGGCACUGGUUCACGUCCCUUUGCCUCAGUGCUGUGUUGCUGUAGCUGCGUGUGUGCCGCUGUCCGCUCCGGGGAUUGCUCCCAUCACUCUGGAUGUUAUUAUGGGAUGUGGACCGUGAGCGACGAGAGAGGAUUCCUGACACGGAAUGAGUCGCAGUGAUUGACGCGGCCACACCAUGGAGAUCCAGAAGAGGUUUUCUUCGUGCUGGCAGAGUUUUCUGGCAUGUUUUAACAAACCCAACCAGCCCGGAGACGAGCCCAGGCGCGGGGACAAAACGGACAUAGUUAUCGUUAAUCCCGUUCCGGAUGAUAAAACCACAAAUGCGGACUUCAUUUCAAAGAGAGCUUUACCGGCAGUUCCUCCCCCGGAGAAAGCAGCAGCGGGGCUUUAUAUCGCCCAGUAUGACUACUCGGCCCGCACCGAGCAGGACCUGAGCUUUAACGCCGGGGACACUUUAGAGGCUCUGGAUAAAAGUCCCGGGGAGUGGUGGUUUGCGAGAGCCCUCACCGGCGUCUCGGCCACCAAACAGGGAUACAUCCCGGCCAAUUAUGUGGCACCUGUGCAGAGUAUUGACGCAGAGCCAUGGUAUUUCCCCGACACCAAGCGGCUGGACGCAGAGAAGCUGCUGUUGGCCGGAGGGAACCAGCAAGGCGCCUUCCUCAUCCGAAACUGUGAAAGUCAGACAGGGGAGCGCUCGCUCUCAGUGCUGGACAGUGGGAAGGUGAAGCAUUACAAGCUGAAAAAACUGGAGAAUGGUCACUACUAUGUGUCGAGAAUCAGAUCCUUUGCAACGCUGGAGGAGUUGGUGGAACAUUACUCCAAAAUGGCCGAUGGCCUCUGUGUGCGUCUGGGGGAACCAUGCAAAAAGAUGGAGGCUCCACAGACUCACGGCCUGUCCUACAACACUGUGGACCAAUGGGAGAUAGACCGCAACUCCAUCAAAUUACUGAGGAAACUCGGAGCCGGUCAGUUUGGGGAAGUGUUCGAGGGCUUGUGGAACGAAACCACAGCAGUCGCAGUGAAGACCCUCAAACCUGGUACCAUGGACACUGAGGACUUCCUGAGGGAGGCUCAGAUCAUGAAGAGGCUGCGGCACGCCAAGCUGAUCCAGCUGUACGCCGUGUGCACCAUGGAGGAGCCCAUCUAUAUCAUCACAGAGCUGAUGAAGAAUGGCAGCCUUCUGGAGUACCUACAAAAGGAUAAGGGCGCCACGUUGCGGAUCUCUGACCAGAUCGAGAUGGCGGCCCAGGUGGCGUCGGGCAUGGCUUUCCUGGAGCUGCAGAACUACAUCCACAGAGACCUGGCCGCCAGGAACGUCCUGGUGGGAGAGAACAACAUCUGCAAGGUGGCGGACUUCGGCCUCGCCAGGGUCUUCAUGAAAGAGAAUGAAAAUGUGUAUGAAGCCAAAGAGGGAACAAAAUUCCCUGUGAAGUGGACCGCUCUAGAGGCCAUCCACGAAAACAAGUUCAGCAUCAAAUCGGACGUUUGGUCUUUUGGAAUUUUGCUGUAUGAGAUCAUGACGUUUGGACAGAUGCCUUACCCAGCCAUGACGAACUACCAGGUGGUGCAGAAGCUUCCCCAGGGCUACAGGAUGCCGUGCCCCGCCAACUGCCCCAAAGUCAUGCACGACAUCAUGAUGGACUGCUGGAAGGAGAACGAGCAGGACCGGCCCACGUUCGAAACCCUGCAGUGGAAGCUGGAGGACUACUUUGACCUGGAUGUCACCUCCUAUGAUGAUGCCGGCCGCUACUAGCACAGCGAUCAGGCUGCCACACGUGCAAAGAAAUAAGAUGCAAAAAACAAACCUAUUCUUUCUGCACAGAUGCAAAAUCCAAAUCACCUGAAUCCAAACAAACAUACGUAGAUGAAUGACCAAACGGAUUCAAAUGUAAUUCAAAAUUCCACUCAUUGCGGUCACCCGAAGGAUCUAAAACUGAUGAUGCAUGUGAUGGAAGAUUGGAAUUAAUCUAACAUGCCGUGAGGAGGCUUUUACCACAGCUCCAGGUGGUUGCGACACUCCUGUGUUUGACAGCUGAAUGUACUUUCAGACCGGCUGUAUGUGGAUUGCCUAACUCUUAAAGCACUUUGACUCAAAGAGUCCUCGAAAAGCUGCUAUCUGUCCAUCUCGACAAACUGGUUCUUCUCCUUCGAGAAUGGGUGCAAUGCAUGCUCGCCACUGCCUGUGGAGCUUUUACAAGAAGGUACCUGGCAGGAUUGAUGAGUCAUUUCUUGAGUGAGUCAUAGCGAGACUGAGUGAUGCCAUCUGCUAUCAUCUCCGUGCACAUGUACGAAUAGCUACCAGAAGUGAUUUAAACAUUAUUCAAAAAUACUGUAGGAGACUGUUUUUGGCUCCAGCAGCCAGAGGGGCUAAAUAACAAUAACCCCCCAGCCCUUAUUAACAAACUACAUACAAACUAUUUCACUCUAGAGUUAAAUCCAUGCCCAACAUAAUCAUUACAUAAUGAAAAUGGCUUCCCUACUAUCUCUGUGCCACUGGAAUAAAGAUAAAAAAAAAAACUAAUAUUUAUAACGGCAUUCAUAGAUUAUUUUUGAUUUAGAUUUCUUUGGCCCACUUUGCCUUAUUAUCUUGAAGUUGAUCAAUAAUCAGUGGCUUAUUUGGACAUCCAGCAGACACCAAGCAACAGCCACAUUAACGUGUCGUAUUUCCAGCCUCGUGAUGAAUCUAAAUCCUGUAUUCGCUCCCCUUUUUUUAGCUUUUGGUCUCCCGCAACUCGUGACAAAUAUGUCUGCCUCUUUAACUGCUAAAUCCUCCACUGUGUUCACCAGCCGGUAUCCUGAAAAGGGCUGCCUGUUGUAUCUGAAAAAUGGUGCUGAUAAGAGCUAUGAGUGAAUUGCUAAUGCAGUUUGGAUUUGUUUGCCCAAUAAAAUUGAUAGUGUUAUCUUUCACAUCCAUUAACCAUGUGAUAAAGAUUAUUUAAUGUUAUGUUCUCUUCAUUUGGGUGCACAAAUAAAGUAAUUCAAGAGCACAAAUGAUUAUUUUAGGUGCCACAGGAAUUAGUUAUUUCUCCUUCAUACUAGGGCUGCAAGAUAUAAGGAAAAUAUCUAAUUGCAGUUAAUUUGACUGAUAUUGUGAUUGCAAUAUGAUUCAUGAUAUUAGAGCAAAUGAUCAUUUGUAUCAUUAUUUUCAUUAAAUAAAAAAUUCAAACAA